AUGCCUACUGCUUCAGCACGUAGGCAACGGGUUCAUGUGCGUGAGGACGUUACAGAGAGAACUGAGGAUGUGCCUCAGUUGCAUGAGGAUGUUCCUCAUGUGUCUGAUGCUACCCUAGAGAUGAUAGGUGCCACCGAUGCUGUUCACACAGAGGGAGUGACUACUGAUGGGAGCUUGGGGUCACCUACUGCAGAUGAGGGAUUCCCCGGUGGGCCACGUGACCCAUCGGAACGACCCGAUCUGAAGUUAGUCUCCCAUGGUAGAAAAGUAGAUAAAAUUGGGAGACCAGCGCCUGAGAUCGAAGGCAUGAUUGCUGCCACCGGAUUGAGUCCACUAAUCAGGUGUUCUGUUAUCACCACUGAUCAUGGACUCAUAUCCGCCUUCUUCGAGAGGUGGCAUCGUGAGACUAGCACGUUCCACCUGCCAGUUGGCGAGUUGACGAUCACGCUGGAUGACGUGGCGUUACUCCUACACAUUCCCAUCACUGGCGCGCUGCAUAAGUUCGAGCUGCUGAUUACUUCAGACGCGAUUGGUCUACUGACGAAGCUUCUUAAGGUGAGUCAUGAGGAGGCUACAGCUGAGACCCGAUAG